ACGAUAGCGAAGCAGAGGCCUUCCAACGCCUCCUCCUUCCCUCGCCGCUCUCCCUUCCUUCCACUCUCAUCCCCUCCCCGUCGCCAUGGCCGUCUCCACCUCCACCACCACGCUCCCCCUCCUCUUCCUCCACCGCUCCACCGCAAGCCCGAACCCCACCGCGCUCUCCUUCGCCUCCCCCCUCCGCGCGUCCCCGCUGCGCUCCCGCGCCUCCGCCGCCCCGCCAGCCGAGACCCUCGCCGACGACCUACCCUCCGACACGCCCCCGGUUGGUGAGGGGUCGGGAAUUCCGAUGCCGUCGUCGAUUGGGGAGGAUGGGGAGGAGUUACUGUUUGGUGCUACUGCCGGGAAAGAAACUGUUUCAAGGGCACGUGCGCAGUCGCACUCGUCCUUCAGUGAUUCCUUCAAUGUAUCUCAAGAGAGGAUAGUGAUAACCAACAGUUCUGGAGAGAAACUCAUUGGUGUUUUGCACGAAGCUGGAUCUAAGGACAUUGUAGUGUUAUGCCAUGGGUUUAGGUCAUCAAAGGAAAGUAGAACCAUAAUGGGUCUUACUGAUGCAUUAACAUCAGAGAAGAUUAGUGUAUUUCAGUUUGAUUUUUCUGGCAAUGGAGAAAGUGAAGGUACAUUUCAGUAUGGCAACUACUAUAAAGAGGUGGAUGAUUUGCAUAAUGUAAUCCAGCAUUUUAAGGAACACAAGCGUGAUACUCGUGCUAUUGCUGGCCACAGUAAGGGAGGAGAUGUGGUCAUCAUCUAUGCGUCCAUGUAUCAAGAUGUAUCUCGUGUAAUCAACAUAUCGGGCAGAUUUGAUCUGAAACGUGGAAUUGCAGAUCGUCUUGGCGGUGACUAUAUGGAAAGGAUAAAUCAACAUGGUUUCAUUGACGUGGCACAGAAAACAGGACAGUUCAUGUACCGUGUAACCAAAGAAAGUCUGAUGGACCGUCUUAGCAUAGAUAUGCAAAGUGCAUGCAUGUCUAUUGACCCUAAUUGCAGGGUCCUGACAGUUCACGGUUCUGACGAUGAUGUUGUGCCAUCAGAGGAUGCUCUGGAAUUUCAUAAAUAUAUAGGCAACCACGAAGUGCAUAUUAUUGAAGGAGCUGAUCAUAGAUAUUCAUCUCAUCGGCUUGAGCUGGCUAACAUUGUAAUGAAAUUUGUUACAUCUGUCUGACAGAACGAUGUUGGAACAAAUGUAACCAUGACGAUGCAUGUUUGACCAAAUGUUUUUGUGAUUGCCCUAUCAAAUUUAGUUGAAGUGCGAAGUUUUCAUGCUUCUGGCACUAUUGGCUGUAUUUCCAUCA